AUGAAUGUCUCGGACAUACGUGAUUUAGAAAAAAAUGGUUUCUUUUUGCCUCAUCAUGGUGUGUUAAGAGAGAGUAGUUCUACCACUAAAUUGAGGGUAGUUUUUGAUGGUAGCUGUAAAAGGUCUGCUCAAUCUUCCUUGAAUGAGGAACUACCUGGUCCUGCAUUGCAAAAUGAUUUGCCCACAAUUAUAAAUCGGUGGAGACGUUUUAAAAUUGGGUUUCGGGCAGAUUUGGAGAAGAUGUUCCGACAAAUACUUGUGGUACAGGAACAACGAAAGUUUCAACAAAUUUUGUGGAGAAAUAGUGGCUCUGAACAGAUAUCAAUUUAUAAGCUAUCAACGGUUACUUAUGGUACUACACCCGCUCCUUUUCUUUCGAUUAGGGUUUUACAACAACUAGCGUUGGACGAAAAGGAAAAAUAUCCGAUGGCAUGUAGUGUGCUCAAUUCAGAUACUUAUGUCGAUGACGUAAUUUCUGGAGCUGAUAGUCUAUCUGAAGCUUACCAUUUGCAUACUCAAUUAUGUAGUUUACUUAAUGAAGGCAAGUUUAAUUUACGUAAAUGGACAACAAACUCGAAGGAAUUGCUAGAAUUGAUUCCUGUAGACUACAGACAAAAAUCUGAUAUAUUUGAACUAAAUCAACCUAAUACCGUAAAGGCUCUUGGACUCGAGUGGAACACGAUAGGCGACUGCUUUUCAUUUAAGAUCAAUAUUGAAGAUACAUCAGUAGUUACCAAAAGAAGUUUACUCUCAGACUCAGCAAAACUUUAUGACCCUUUAGGCUGGCUUUCCCCUACUACAAUUCUGGCUAAAAUUGAAUUUCAAAAUUUGUGGUUGCUUGGCAUUGAAUAG